CGCCCGCGAGCGCCAGCCUCCGAGCAUCCCGCGGCAUAUCCGGCCUGGACUCGGCGUUCAGCGCGCAGUAGUAUGGCGGCCUGUGCGGGGAUGUCUGGCGGGAGCUCUCUGCCUUGGCCUCGAGUGUUGCUUUUCGGGGACUCCAUCACUCAGUUUUCUUUUCAGCAGGGUGGAUGGGGAGCAUCAUUGGCUGACAAACUGGUCAGAAGAUGUGAUGUUCUGAAUCGUGGAUUUUCAGGUUACAACACCAGAUGGGCCAAAAUUAUUCUUCCAAGACUAAUCAGGAAAGGGAACAAUUUGGACAAUCCAGUAGUAGUUACAAUUUUCUUUGGCGCCAAUGACAGUGCACUAAAAGAUGAGAAUCCCAAGCAGCAUAUUCCCCUGGAAGAGUAUGUUGCAAACUUAAAAAGCAUGGUGCAGUACCUGAAAUCAGUGGAUGUCCCUGAGCAUCGAGUCAUACUCAUCACGCCACCUCCGCUUUGUGAAACAGCCUGGGAAAAGGAGUGCAUCAUGCAAGGUUGGAAAAUAAAUCGCUUGAACUCCGUUGUUGGUGAAUAUGCCAGUGUGUGUUUACAAGUGGCCCAAGACUGUGGGACUGAUGUUCUUGACCUGUGGACCAUGAUGCAGAAAGACAAUGAGGACUUCUCAUCCUACUUAUCCUCUGACGGACUACAUCUAUCACCAAAGGGAAAUGAAUUUUUGUUUUUACACCUCUGGCCUCUGAUAGAGAAGAAGGUCUCUUCUCUGCCUUUGCUGCUUCCUUACUGGAAGGAUGUAGCAGAAGCACAACCUGAACUAAGUCUACUGGGAGAUGGAGACCAUUAGUCAAUUCUAGGAAAUGCAAAUCUGGUUGUUAAUUUAUAGAUUGAAGUUGGUGAUUAUAACAUAUAGAUUCCAAGGCAAUUGAAUGCAGAAUAUUUUUUUCUCAAGCUUAAAAUUCUUCCUCACUAUGCUGGACCAAAACACCAAUUUUUGCCACUAAUGUUUAUUAUAAAGUUUUCAGAUUCUUCAGGGAA